AUGGCGGGCGGCGGCGGCGCCAAGGCCGAGUUCUUGGUCGGGGGCCAGUAUAAACUGGUCCGGAAGAUCGGGUCCGGCUCCUUCGGGGACAUUUAUCUGGCCAUCAACGUCACCAACGGCGAGGAAGUGGCAGUGAAGCGAGAGGCGCAGAAGGCCAGGCACCCCCAGUUGCUGUACGAGAGCAAACUGUAUAAGAUUCUCCAGGGCGGGGUGGGCAUCCCGCACGUCCGUUGGUACGGUCAGGAGAAAGACUACAAUGUCCUCGUCAUGGACCUUCUCGGCCCCAGCCUCGAAGACCUCUUCAACUUUUGUUCCCGCAGGUUCACGAUGAAAACGGUACUGAUGUUAGCGGACCAGAUGAUCAGUAGAAUUGAAUAUGUGCACACCAAGAACUUUAUACACCGAGACAUUAAACCAGAUAACUUCCUCAUGGGUCUUGGGCGUCACUGUAAUCAGUAUUUAGAACCUCCCGUGGCGAAGAGGAAAAGAUACGUGACUGUUAAUACCUCUCAGGACCUAUGCUUCUCAAGAUUAAACCAGCUAUUCCUUAUUGAUUUUGGUUUGGCCAAAAAGUACAGAGACAACAGGACACGGCAACACAUACCUUACAGAGAGGAUAAGAAUCUCACCGGCACUGCCCGGUACGCGAGCAUCAAUGCACACCUUGGUAUUGAGCAGAGUCGCCGAGACGACAUGGAAUCCUUAGGAUACGUUCUGAUGUAUUUUAAUAGAGCCAGUCUGCCAUGGCAAGGACUAAAGGCUGCGACAAAGAAACAAAAACACGAAAAGAUCAGUGAGAAGAAGAGGUCCACUCCUGCUGAUGUUUUGUGUAAAGGGUUUCCUGCUGAAUUUGCCACGUACUUAAACUAUUGUCGUGGGCUGCGCUUUGAGGAAGCCCCGGAUUACAUGUAUCUGAGGCAGCUAUUCCGCUUUCUUUUCAGGACCCUGAACCACCAAUACGACUACAUGUUUGACUGGACUAUGUUAAAGCAGACCGCGAAGCCGCAGGCAGCCUCUUCGAGUGCGCAGGGCCAGCAGGUCCAACCCCCCACAGGCUUCUAAGCAUGAAUUGAAGAAACAAGCCGAGCAGAUGAUCGGAGCAGCAUUUGCUUCUCCCCAGAUCUAGACAUUUUAGUUCAUCUGUACACUAGCCAGUGGUGGUGGACAACCAUUUACUUGGUGUUAAGGACUUAAUUUCAGUAUAAACUCGCUCUGGGCAGCGCUGGUGAUGCCGUGUCUGGAGUUGUAGCUGCUGUAAUUGCGACUAUUAACUGAGAUAGUGAAACAUGGUGUCCAGUUCAUCUGUACACUAGCCAGUGGUGGUGGACAACCAUUUACUUGGUGUUAAGGACUUAAUUUCAGUAUAAACUCGCUCUGGGCAGCGCUGGUGAUGCGGUGUCUGGAGUUGUAGCUGCUGUAAUUGCGACUAUUAACUGAGAUAGUGAAACAUGGUGUCCAGUUUUCUGGUGCACUUGAAAAAGUGAACUAAAUGGUUGACACACAAAGUAGUGGAGAAAUUGUGUAUAUGCCAACUUUUUUUUCUUAAAGCCUUUUAUUUUGAACCACACUGCUUUGAGAUGUCAGAAGACAGCACAUACCAUCCGAAGCCCCAGCAGGUUGGUUGCGAUGCUGACCAUUGCGCCUUCCUAGGGACGUUCCCUCCCUGGGGUUUGCAAGCUGUUGCCAGAAAACAUCCUCAAAAUGGUUGGCUUCUUGUCUGCAAGCCAGCUGAUAAGAUAGCAACCAGAGAUUCCAGUGUUUGGGCAUGUGAAAGACUGCUUACCUGUGCUAGAAUAACAGCAUCUACAGUGAAGACUUAACAAAACCGUAGUGCCUACUAGACUAUCUGCAUUAACUCUAUAAUGCUCUUGCUAUUAAAGAAAAAAAAAAGUCACAGAAAAUUAGUUACCAUAUUACAACUGAACAUGUAUAUAUGUUGCUUAGAUAAAUGUAAUCACUGUAAACAUCUAUGUGAUCUGGGAUUUCGUUUUUAUUUUGAAAUGGGGGCUUUUUGGUUUGCAAGUUCAUUAAAAACUAAACAUUU